CGAUAUUAUUACUUUUUUUAUACUUUUCAAUAGUUGAGUGUAGGAAAUCAUUCACGAUAUUAUUAGAUUCAACGGAGUCCAUGCGGAAUGAAAUUUCUAUAAUUAAAAGAAGUAUGACCUCAAUUGCGAAGGAAAUAGGUUCAUGGAAUGAAAUUGAAAAUUACAUACUGCUGAGUUUUAGUGAUCCUGAUUUGGGGCCUCCAGUUUUUUCGUUGACUCCGGAAGAAUUCACGUCAUCAUUAAACAGAGUUACCGUCAACGGUGGUGAUGAAUGUCCCGAGAAUGCAUUGACUGCAAUUCAGAAGGGAUUGGAAAUAAGCAACCCUGAUUCAUUUAUAUUUGUUUUCACUGACGCCUACGCAAAAGACUAUGGCAAAAUUACAUCUGUGCAAAAUUUGUGUGAAACUACACACAGUAAGAUAGUGAUAUUUUUGAAUGGAUAUUGCGAUACCACGAAUUCUUCACAAGUCGGCAGCAUUGAUGCCUACUAUAAGGUUGCUGAAUCUUGCAACGGUGCAUUUUUCCGAAUGGAUAUGUCCAAUUUUAGAAAGGCAUUCACCAUUAUAAAAGAAUUAACACAAGAUUGGACAGAAAUUAAUAACUACAAUCCAUUUGUCGAUUACAAGCAGUUGGAGAUUGAUACUGAUUCCUUCACAACGCAAGCAGUCGUAGCAGUUUAUGGAAAUUAUCCCGAAAUAAGCGUGACAAAUGAUUACGAUCAAAGCGUUCCUUAUCGGAAAAUUACACAACAUGAACAUUUUACUGUUCUUCGUUUGAAUUCGGGGGAAUCUCAUUAUAAAGUGAAUAUCCGAAGUCAAGGAACUGCGUCUGCAACGCUUUAUAAGAAAACAAAUAAUCCAUUUCUCUUUGGGUUUUCUUCAGUACUUCCGAAUAGUAUAAAAGAAACUAGUACUUUACCGUUGCCAGUCCGAACUACCAACUUAAUUGUGCCAGCCACUCAAGACAAUAUAGAAAUAAGAUCUGCGGAGUUGUAUACAUUUCACAAUAAUGAAAAAAGGGUUUUGAAUUUGGAAAAAAAUGAUGACACCGGAUUUUUUACAGUCAGUACAUCUUUUAGUACAAAUGACGUAUUUCAAAUACAUAUUACAGGAACGGACAUCUUAAAUGACAAGGAGAUAUCAAGUUCCACUAGAAUUUUGAAACCCCAGAAGCAAAUUAAUAAGCCUUGGAUAAUAAUAAAGCCGACAAUAAAAAUGAUAGAGAGCUCCUUGUCGCCCAAAGAAUCUGGUGAAGAAAUCAGAGUGCCAUGUAUCGUCACUGGCAAUCCCAAACCUAAUAUGGUAUGGGUAGACGACCAAGGAAACAAUUUGCCUGUAAAGGAAAUUCUACUAGAAAUACCAGCGGUUUACAUAAUCUACGGCACUGUCACCAACUUAACUAGAAACAUGACAUUACACUGUCAAGCAACGAAUUACUAUGGAGAUAGUUCAGGAAGUAUUGACUUGUAUAUGAAACGAACUAAUUAUAUUGAUGUAAUAACAAUGCCUCAAGAUAGCUCAAUAGAAUAUGGUACCGAAGGUAAAAUAUAUUGUCAAGUAAAUGCUAAUCCAGAACCGACAAUAAAAUGGUAUCACAAUGGAACUCUAAUUGAAGAUACUGAGAGAAUUCUAUUUGAAGAUAAUGAUGCUGAACUUGUAAUCAAGAGCAUGGACUUAGAUGAUGUUGGUGAAUAUAAAUGUGAAGUCUCUACUACGUUUGAGACUAAAGAAUUAACAGCGAAGAUUGACAUUGCUGGACUAGAGGGACCAGAAUUAAGUGUGACUACUACAGAUGUCAACGCAAAAAUAGACGAUGUGACUUCAUUAGAAUGCACUGUCGAUAAAGGAACACCAACACCAACAGUAACAUGGAGCUUUAAAUCUUUAAGAUCGGACUACUUUUCCGAUAUACCUUCAGAAAUAACUGUCACUGAUUCUAAAUUGGAGAUACCGGCGCUUAAAAAUGAGCAUGGGGGAAUUUAUAAGUGUGAAGCCUCCAAUAUUAUUGGUCAAGCAAGUCGUGACAUCACGGUGCAUGUACAAUCUGCACCGAUAAUUAAUAGUAUUUCGGACUACGUAGAAAAGGCAGAAGGAGAAGAGGUUGAAUUAAUUUGUGACGUGGCUGCAGAUCCAGAGGCCACAGUUCGAUGGGAAAUGAUACAAAAUGAUGCUGCUGUUCCUAUGGACUACAGACAUUACACUGAUGAUCAACACACACACAGGUUCAUAGCACUGUGGAAAGACUCCGGCAACUACAGGUGUGUAGCUGAAAAUAGCGUGGGUAGAGCUGAGAAAGUUGUUCAAGUUAACGUAUUAGUUCGUCCAAUAAUAACUAGACCAAAAAACGAUGUCAUUAUGCUAAAAACUGGAAGUUCUAUUACAUUAAAAUGUGACGUCGUCUUCGGGAACCCUCUACCUAGUACAAGAUGGGAAUUUAUAGCAGCAGACUUUAGAGUUACAGUGCUAUCAAGGGGCAGCACUACUAAUGACCUCUACCUGCCAAAAGUAUCAAACCUCGAUGAGGGUUUGUACAAAUGCCGAGCCGAUAAUGCAGUCGGUUUUGAUCAUAUAAUUGUACGAUUAAAUGUAGUGUAAAAGAUUAAGUGUCCGUCGUUGUAGUAAGCCUUAUGGCUUUAGUUCAUAUUAAGAUGACUUUCUAGAAUAGUGGCCCAUCUCAAAAGCGUCUAAUUCAUCAGGAGACAAAAAUUGUGCACUGUUGUCACGUGAAAUUUUUUAUAAAUUUUACUACGACUUAUAUUAUAUAAAUAAACAAUUUUGUUUGGGCCAACCUACACCUUUUCGUAUUUGGUCCAUACGGUUAAAUAAAAACCUAUUCAAGAUUGAAAAGCAUGUAUUUUUCGUCCCUAAAUUAGAUUGCUUACUAAAUAAUUAUAACUAAGGGUUUAUCACCUUGAAGUCAUAGUGUAAAAGCGAUGCCACGCGAUACGUUGUCACGGCGUUGCGAUGACUAGCGGUUUAUUACACAUCAGAAUGAGUUGCCACAUGGUGCGUUGAAACGGCACGACGCAACGGAACGCGUGCGCUUGGAACAAGGGGUCAGGAGACGAAGCGGGAAGGGUUGCUGCGAUUAGUCUUAAUUACGGCGUUACGUUACGACAUCGUAAUGCUCGCCCGUGUGGCAUCGCUCAAAAAAUAUAGCCAUAGAAGUUGUAGAUAUUAAAUUUAUGUUGUGGUUUUCAAUAUUGUCAAAAUUUUGUAAUUAACUAUGGUCACUUUUGCAAGGCACACUCAUUUUUCAGUCGCUUUUGGAAGUGACUAUGGUUUUAAUUAAAAAAAUGUAGAAAUAGUAUCUAAGUCAGCUUAGGUAAAUAUACCUGCAGCUUAGGUAAAUGUAUAAUAAUGCAUUCUGUAAUGUUUUUCAUGUAUCUAGGCAAUUAGCGUUCUAGUCUAGAAAACUGUCUUUUAAUGAAUGUUAUUAGAGUUAG